AUGGUCAGCGCCAAGUACCUCCUCCUGGCAGCUGCCAGCUGCCUCACCGUCGCCGCCAACGGUAGCGUCUGGUGGCACACUUGCGGUCUUCUUAGCAACUGCAAGUGCCCUCACACCGGUUCCCACGAAGGUUUCAGCGGCACCAGCCCUUGCAUCAAGCUCGACAGCUCCAUCCGCUCGGUCGGGCUGACGCGCGUGCGGGUCGGCGCCGGCUUCAAGUCAACCACCUGCAGCAUCUAUUCCGACGAGAACUGCAGAGACGAGAAACAGAGCGUGGGCUCCAGUGGGUCGUACUCUUGCACCGCGUUCAAUCAGAACUCGGGGAGCAUGAGGUGCUACUUUAAUGUUUGA